AGCAUCAUAAAAGUAUAAUACAAAACCAAUAAAUAUAUAUUUUUUGGUAUAUAGACAAUGUAGACGUAGAACAAAAAAUAGCAAUUUGGCACGCGCAAAAUUUGGAGCGCAGCGCGUGGACAUUGUCUAGUCCAGCGCGUGGGUGGAUAUCAGAAACGGAAAGGCACAACACCGCGUGUGACGGUGAAAGACAGGUUUGACAGCAUGAUCAUGAACCGUGGAUCUUUCCAAAACGUGAUGCAACCCAACAUGCCUUUGAGGAGGCCGUCAACCAGCCCAGCAGGUGCCACUGCAACCCCAAGGGCCCCUGGCCCAACACCAGACCGGCCUCUAGCGAGCUCCAACGGGGAUGCCGAGGCCAGCCGAAAAGAAACCACUGUACUCACAAACGGCUCUAUGAAAACAGCCUCUAUGCCCCCAUUCACUGUUAAGUUGUGCAACUACUGCAGUCAGCAAGGUAACCUUCGCUGUACGCGCUGCAAGAAGACCUGCUACUGCUCAGUGGCUUGCCAGUCAGAGGACUGGAAUGCACACAGGCACAUGUGCAAGCCCAGUACCCCAGAUACUCCCACAAGUGAUAAGCCAAAGGAAAUCCCAGCUUCACCGAUGGGAAAUGGGCAGAACCUGUCAGACUCCAAGGUGAACAACGGUAAUGUGACUUGCUCCCAGCGAGUGUACCUGCGGGACCUCCGUAAGAAUGACAUCACCAAAGGAAUGGAAAUUCAGGUGUCUGUGGUGGAGCUGCAUAGCCCUGGUAGGUUUUUCAUUCACGUCCAAAGCCCAGAGCUGGUUGAGGCUCUGAGAGCCGUUACUGUGGAACUGCAGAAGACCAACGGUGGCUCGCUAGGGACAGACUACAAGCCCGACACCGGAGAGGUCUGUGCCGUCAAAUACUCCUUGGAUCAGAACUGGUACAGAGGUGUUGUCCAGUCUGUAGCUGCAGAUGAUGGAAAUGCUAAAGUUCUCUACAUUGACUUUGGAAACGAAGAAGAUGUGACACUGGAUCGGAUCAAGCCCCUCGCUGCCAGCAUUGAACCCAUUCCACCAUGUGCUUUGGAGUGCAGCGUCGCCGGUAUAACACCGGUGACUGACAGCUGGAUGGGGGUGUGUUGCAUGGCUGUGAGACAGCUGGUGGCUGGAAAGAGCCUGACACUCACUGUGGUGGACACACAGGAGAAUGACCGCACCUACGCAGUGGACAUCUUGCUGACUCCUAUCGGUACUGUAUCACAGGAAGGCUAUGGAAAACAGCUGAGCACUUUCCUCAUGGACCAAGGUUAUGCUGUGAGGGAGGACGUCAAUAAGAAACGCGCAGAACAGGACGUUGACUCCCUGGUGAGUGCGUCCCUGGAAAACUUCCGCCGCCAGUCGGGUGGUAAGAACGAGAACAUGGAGGCACAGCCACCUGACCCUCUGACCCAGGGACUGGGAGACACCUUCGCUGCCAUGGUGACGCACCUGCAGUCACCUUAUGACAUCAUCUGUCAGAAACUGGACAACGCCAGUGUGAUCCAGGAGCUGCAUCUGAAACUGAGAGACCACUGCUCUCAGGCCCCAGUCAGCAAAAACUUCAGACCUGCCCCUGGCACAGUGUGCUGCUCCCUAUUCUAUGAGGACAACCAGUGGUACAGGGCCAAAGUGCUGGCCUACUCAUCUGAAGAGAAGGUGUGUGUAGGCUACAUUGACUUUGGCAACUCAGAGGAGGUGGAGCUGAGUCGCCUGUGUUCCAUCAGCUCUGAACUCCUAGCCCUGCCAAUGCAGGCCAUCCCUUGUGCCCUGGCAGGAGUGCGUCCCACAGCAGAGGUCUGGUCAGAGGAGACUGUGCUGAUGCUCAGGCGGAUGGUGUGCAACCGAUUCCUGCGGGUAGAGAUCCUGGGCGAGCGGGAGGGUAUGGCGCUGGUGACUAUGAUCGACGAGGCCAGCGACCCCCAGGGCAAUGUGGCUGAGAUGCUGGUCGCUACAGGUUAUGCCUUGCCUUCCAACCAUCAGGACGAAGAGCCCACCACGAAGGGGCAGGCGGAAGGAGCCUGGACAGAAUCAUCUCAUGUGGCCAAGCCUGCUGUGGCAGAGAAGCUACAGUGGACAUGUGCUGAGCUUCCUACUGAGGGCCAGAUGGUGGCACUGGUGGUCAGUGUGAUGGAGAAUCCUGGAGAGUUCUACUGCUACAAAUAUAACCAAGAAGACCUGCAGGUUCUAGCGGAGCUGGGGGCUGAGCUGAAGCGGCACUGUGAGGCAGACAUCACCCCUUUCACCCCUAGUGUGGGUGAGCCCUGCUGCGCUCUAUUCUCUGGUGAUGGGGCAUGGUACCGUGGUAUGGUGCAGGGUGUGUGGGCUGGCAGUAAAGCCCGGGUAUAUUUUGUGGACUAUGGCAACACCAGUGAUGUCGAACCAGCCCACCUCAGAGCGAUCACACCCGAGCUCCUCAAACACCACUUCCUGGCUAUCCGCUGCUGGCUAGCAGGUGUUGAGCCUCUGAGCCCCCAGUGGAGUGCUGAGUCUAUAGUCCGCUUCCAGGCCCUGUGUGUGGGCCAGCAGCUCCAUGCACGUGUCCUCUUCAUCACAGAGCGAGGCUACGGACUUCAACUGGACAGCAGUGGGCAAAAUGUGGCCACCACACUGCUCUCAGAACAGCUGGCCAAAGCCCAGGCCCAUGCUAAAUACGUUCCCACUGGCCCUAAAAUCUCCCAGCAGAAGCCUGCCAUUCAGAGAGACACCACCACUAGUGUGGGACCACCCAAACCCGCAGCCGCCAAUGAAAAUGAGCCGCCCACUGAGAAGCAGGUCAAGAAAAACAAUCAGAGCAAGGCUAGUGCUCGGCAGCCGGCAAAAGUGUCCAUCCCAUUUGGAUCCGAUGGAACUGCAUCUGCAGACAAAUUCCCUCUGGACUGGAGAACGGUGGAGCUGCCUCGCAAUGAGACAUUCCAGCCUUGCAUAGCAGCCGUUGUCAGCCCCAGUCUAUUCUACCUUUUCAACCCCAGCCAUGUGUAUGUGGAGAGACUGCAGAGUGUGAUGAUGGACUUGGCUGUAUACUGCACCACAAAGGCCUUGCCUAGUCGGUGCAAACCCAUGCCAGGAGCUGCAUGCUGUGCCCAGUUUUCAGGUGAUAAGAAUUGGUACAGAGCCGUGUUCCUGGAGACCACAGAGACUGAGGCCAGUGUUAUCUAUGCUGACUACGGCAACUCUGAGAAACUCCCCUUCGCCAGCAUUCUGCCCAUCCCCACAGAGUUCCUGGAGCUCCCUUUCCAGAUUGCCCGCUGUGCCCUCACAGGUAAGGAGCAUUUCCCGUCAGUGUGGCCCGUAGAGGUCCUGGAGCUUUUCAGUGCUCUGCUGAGUGACGGCGUGCUGGCCUCUGUCCAAGACUUCGAUGGCAACUCCAACCUGCUGUCAGUCACCCUGCAAAUAGAGCGAGGCGGGGGCCACCUCAACACUAUGAUCCUAGAGGGGCUGCAGAGCACACAAACUGGCAGCGCCAAGACCCGCAGACAGGAGCCAGGCCAGACCAAGACCCCCAUCAUCGCCACAGCUCCAGUCACGCCGGCCACAGCUCCAGUCACGCCGGCCACAGCUCCAGUCACGCCGGCCACAGCUCCAGUCACGCCGGCCACAGCUCCAGUCACGCCGGCCACAGCUCCAGUAACUGAUUAUGCUGCCCCGAAGAAUACUGGACCCAAGGAAGCACAGAGCCUAAUUUGCUCAAAAAGUGUGAAUGAUUAUGCCUCUCCAUGCUGCUGCCGGAACUUGGUGCAAAAGAUUGAUCAACUGGAAGAGCACAUUCUGUUCCUCAUGGAGAAAAUAGGUGGAUUGUCAAAGUGACUGCCAUACACAACGAGUACACAACUCUAUGUUCUAGGAAUAUUCAUGAAUACAUGUAGGUAUUCAGUUUAAGUGAUUUAUGCUUUGCAGUUCAGUUGGGAUGUUCCCUCAAGGGUUUUUGGUGGGUGAAUGUUGCAUCUUGGCUGUGAAAGGUAUUUACAUUAUGGAUAUAAUAUGAUGGAACAGCUCUCUUGAUCAGGACUUAGUUUUAAACUUUGGUUUAAAAUUGCUAAUCUAAUUGUUUUAGGUAUUGUUUAACUGAAAUGUAAUCAUAUUUUACACUUGCAUCAUAAACUAGAUCAUAAUUGUACUUUACAGAAGUAAGCAAUCUUAGAAUUGUUAUUGUUUUGUGACCAUGUGGUCAGUACAUCAGUAAUGAUUACAUGAUUAUGUGCCUUCUCAUUUAGUGUUCCACCAUCUGUUGAAGAGGCAUGGUUUCUAAUUUACUUGUUUUAAUUCAAGUUCAGUUUGGAUAUGGAAUUGCGUUGUGACAUUAAAUGAAAGCAUUUACUUGAGCAGAUUUCUUGAUGGCUAACCAAACAGCACAGACUACAUGCCGAUUAGAAAUGUGUUUUAGUGCUUGAUCUAAGAUAAGACAACAAUAUUUAUUUUCCUAUGUGUGAAAUAACUUCGCUAGAUAUUUGGGCCCUCAUUUGCUCCUUGUAGAUCUCACUUUUUGUCAAAUUAUCAAUGUUCAUUUCAUGAGUUGAAGACCUUUAAAGGAGAAUGUUGCUGUUUUUCAACCUAAUCUGCAUUUUUGAUGUUAAUUGCGUGUUAUAAAAGGGUGAAGACA